GGAGACCGUGCUCACCGAGUCGGUGCCCACCGGCAUGGUGGGCAACCUGCAGGUCAACCCACAGUACCUGGUGGUGCAACCCAGGAAAGAGGCGCGCAGCCUGGAGGCCAACGGCCCGAUCCCGCAGGAGCAGUGGGACAGCGAGCUGAUCAAGAUCUACAUCAUCCUGGCGGCCGUGGCGGCGCUCAUCCUGCUGGCCAUCGUGCAGGCGGCCUGCACGCUGGCCAGGAACCGGCGCGCCUCGCCGCCACAGGCCAAGCCGCACGGCAAGGACCGCCUGAUCACCAGCUCGGCCUGGCGCGACAUGGCCGCGCACAACAACUACGGCUACGAGAGCUUCGAGCCGGACACGGCGACGACUGGCCGGCCGAGCAAGAGCCGCGGCCCGCCGCCGGGCCAGCCGGCGCGACCGCCGCUCGCUCUCCCGGCGCGGGGUUUGGCGGAAGGGACGGCGCCGGCGUGA